AGCUGACUGCUGCCCACGCCGAACGUGACAGUCUGAAAGCUGACCUGUCAGCUGCUCAGCAGGAAGCGCGUGCUGCUGUUGCUGCGGCUUCCGCUGUGAACGUUGAGGAGAUCGUAGUGCCACAGGCGGUUGCAUCCACGUUCUCGUCUGCAGAGCAUCACGAGGCCAGUAGUACCGUGUUCUCGGAGACGGAGUCCUGCCCCUCCUGCUCGGCCCUGGCUUCCGAGGUUGAGCAC